UGUACUCUUGUGGUCUGGUACGCAUCCCUCACAGCUAAACUCCUCCGAGAAGCAGGCCUACCCCCCCUAGAACACCUCCUGACAUAUCGCUCAAGAAAGUACGGAACCAGGAUACUCUGCACCGACGCAACCCACCCCAACAAUGAAUCCCUGAUCGAGCUCCUCCCAUACAGAGAAGUGAAUAUCAAAGGGACAGGCCUGCACCGAAUCGCCUCCCCCUUACUCCCAUAUCAAACUCCCGGAAAUAUGAGAGACAAGUGGAACCAAAACAAACUAUUACGCGACCAUCUAUUAGAAGAAUGGAACACACAACUAAUACCUAACUACCACCACCGAGGGGAGUUCCGCCCCCCUCCUAAGAUUGCGGAACUCACCCUUACAGAAGCAAAAAAGGUAUUUCGAAUCCGAUGCCAAACCACCCAAAUCGACAAACAUGCGGUACAUACAGACCCCGAACCAUGCCAGUGUGGUAUGGAAAACUCAGCGAAACAUACACUUAUGGAAUGCCCAGCGUGGGCUCGAAUCCGCGCCCCCCUGAUAGAGAAAAUCCCCGGAGCGAUGACCUGGGAAAACUGGAUGUUUACAAACCUGAAAACGGACCUCAUCCUACAAUUUGGAAAGAAAUCUCAACUCUCGAAAUGGUACGAGUCGGCGGAGGCGGAGGCGGAGCUGGAAGAGGGGACGGAAGAAAAUGAUUAG